CCCGCCUCGCUUGGAAAACAGUCACACAUCGACCCACCACCGAGCUGCGGCUGCCGUCUGUUCCCCGGACGGACGAUCCAUGGUUCCCGCCGGUGGUUGUGGCCGCUUGGCCCUCAGCGUCCUGCUUCUGCUGGCCGGCGCUUUAGGUGAAUAUUGUAGGGCAUACACAGAUUCUGAUGGACGCACGUAUUCUGAAAAAUCCUGCCCACAGUUCUGCUGUGGAAACUGCAUCAGCCGAUAUUGCUGCUUGGAUAGGUCAUAUAAAUUUGGAGAAGAUGAACAAUUUAUGUGUAAUGUGCUGGACGACAGGACAUAUCAACCCAUCAAGGAAGAAACGUUGAAGUUGCGUUCACACUUCGAUGAUGACUGGGAACCUAGACCCAGUUUUGGGACCUUUGUUGCUAUAGGGGUCACCCUCUUCGUGGUAUUCGUAGUCACUGUCAUUCUGUGCUUCACCUGUUCAUGCUGCUGCUUGUAUAAAACGUGUCGGAGGCCACGGCCUGUUGUGACCACCACAACUUCCACCACAGUGGUCCAUGCACCAUAUCCCCAGCAGCCCGGGAUACCACCUGGUUACCCAGUGACACCCUAUCAAGGAUAUCAUCCUGUACCAGUCCAGCCACAACACGGAAUGCCAGCAGCACCCUACCCAACACAGUAUCCUCCACCUUAUCCAACGCAAGUUUCAGGACCACCAGCCUACCAUGAGACAGUGGCAGCUGGUGCUGGAGUGCCCUACCCAGUCAAUCAACCCCCCUACAAUCCUGCUUACAUGGACCCUCAGAAGCCCAUCUAUUGAAUGGAUUUUCUAUUAUGCCUCUGUGCAUAACUUUUUUGUAAAGUAUAACAUGCUGUUUAUACCAUACAGCUGUAGCACAUUUUCUUAAAAUGCAGCAGUCCCUUGUUUCUCUGUAAAGAGAGAAAUCUAAAUCAGUAGCUUUUUAAAAUACACUGAGCUCAGCAAGCAAAAGAAUUUAUCACUUGAAGUUCACUCCAUACCUCAAGCAAAUACAAUAGGAGAACUUGUUCAAAUUCCAGUGACAAAAGGGUGAAAAGGGAAUAGUUCAGAUACAAGAAGCAUGGUAAUGUGUUUUGUGCAAUAAUUUGAAGGGUGUUAGAAAAGAAUGAUCAGAAAUAAGUUAAACAGUCGUAAGCACCCAAAGCUGUAGCAUUCAUCUGCAUAUUAUUAAAAUAUAAACCUAAUUGUCAGAAAACUUUUACUAAAAUUUGAUCUUCCUGUUUUCAAGUUAACAUGAUGAAUUAAGCUACACUUAACUUAGUGAUUUUUAAAGGGAAAUUUCCUUUGCUGGAAUAUAAUUGUGUUCAGAAAGGGAUAGUGGAACAUGUUCUAAUAGCUUUUUUCCACACUGGUUGCAUUUAUUUUGUGCCCAACAGGCAGGGGGUUGAUCUAUUCCUUUCCGAUUUUAAAGCUAAAAACAUGUCAAGUCACUAGGUGUCUUUUUACUUCCUUUAUUUAAUUCUCUCUUAUCCCUGGCAAAAAACAAACCAACCCUCCACUGUUCAAUUAAAUAAACAUGUCAAAAAGCUGAAAACCUAAGAAUGCUGCAUGAGAACAAUUGGAUGAGAAUUUGUUUGCUUCAUCAUUGCAAGUUUUGACUACGUUUUGAUAUUGCAAAAAACAUUUCACCUUGACAGAACCAUGCAUUGUCCCUGUGAUGAAAACACUGCUUCUCAAACUUGCAGAAGAGCAGUCUGACCCAGUUAUAAAUCCUGCUCACUUACGUGUGCAGUAGCUAAUUUUAAGAGAAAUGGAGAUGUACCCCAUGUGCCUGCCAGCAAGAUCAAGCCCUGGACAUCCUGAGUGUGUUUUUACGCUAAGACAGGAACUUUAUAAGGAAGAUACCUCUUCCAAUAAAAUUAAAUAUUGACUUCAAAAAUACUGGGGGGAAAAAAUCUCAACAUGCUGUACAGCAAAGACCAAAUCCUGCUAUCCUUCCAAUUUCCACUGAGUGUAAUGGGAGUUUGGACUAAGUAAAGAUGGCAGGAUUUGGACCCAGAGAUGCAAAGGAGCUUACUUCGGGGAGAAUUGCACAUGUACAGGGGAAAAAAUUGUCUAUCAUAAAAGCUUUGUGUUAAAAUGUUGACCUUUAUAACCCAUUAUAAUUGUGACCAAUCACGGCAUUACUUUCCAUUUUAAAGCUUGUAUUUACCAAACUAGUCACGAUUUUAGACACACUGCACAAUCUGAUUUUUAAAAACCCUCAACAACUCUUCUCUAAAAUUGAAAUAGGCUUUUAUUGUCCAGUGAUGAAGCUAAUCAGUUAACUAUUACUUCAGUGCAGCUGAACUGAUGGAAUAUUAUGACAUUACUCUCAUUCUGGUUUCAUUUGUUUAGAGAUGUUUACAAGCUGCUUGUUUUUGGGUCCUGUACUUGUGAUAGGUUAAAAAUAUAUAUAUAUCUCAAGUUUGUUUGUACAGACAUGAUCUUGUCACUGAUAGUGUUGUUUAUCUUGCCUCUAUCUGCAGAAUGACCGUGACUGAAACUAACUUUCAAAAACAGCUUUGUCCAUACUUCAACAUAGUAUCAGACAGUGGGAAUAGAAAUUAAAAGGCAGUCUGUGCCUGGAUUUUUCAACCUUUGUUUGAGAUGGUCUUCAGGGAAUUUCACAAACUUUCAGCAGUUGUCCAGCAUUCUGAUAGGAGACCCAGUGUCUGUCUUGCUACAUAGCACCAAGGGGAGCACUUGUGCUAAUAACAUUAAAUGGGUCCAUGAAACAGGCACAAAGGGGGAGUUGUUAUAUGGUGCACUUUCUUCCCUGCUUCACAACCAGAAGAUGGGGUAGCACCUCACUGUAAAUACUGCACUUUUGGAGCUGUGUGGGAACAGCUGGAGAGGGAGAGGUAGACCAGCUGAGGAGUUUCUGCUGUGGUAUGUUCCCCUAGAAAUCCUGUAUGUCUUAUUUUCUGAAGUGUUUUCUGGCAUAAUUCCUUUUCUGUAGCUUCUACCUGUGUGGGUGGCUGGACAAUUAGGAGUGCAGAGGCGCAGUAGAGGGGACCAAGAUCAUCACAGCAACCAGAUUAGACAGCUGCCAGGGUAGAGGCUGAACAGAAAGGGGCAGCUGUUCAGCACAGAUGACCUGAGGUCCUCAGAGUUGGGGCUGGGAUUUUCCAUAGUAGUUUGGUUCUGUGUGAUUACAAAGCUGUGGCAUCUGCAUUUUUAAUUGUUAAUGGUGGGUGUAAUUAAGAGCAGAAAUUGGCCCAUGAAGUCUUAUUUUAUGCAUUGAUAACAUGUUAGUCAAAAGUAGCUUAUACAUUGCAUGUUUCAAAAGUUGUUUGUUUUUAUAAACUCUAAGUGCCUUUAUUUCGAAAACAGUCUAGUGAUUUAAAUACAGUAGAAUAUUCUGUUGUACUAAUUUACCAUAUAAUUCUUAGUUUUUUUUCUCAAUUAUAACCUUGCUUUGUAAGUAGUUUGUAGUUACACGUGAGAAGUAUUCAGAAGAACUGGAAUAAAGUCUGUACAUCUAUUUAUAAUAAAUGGAAAUGUCUGAA